AUGAGCCUGGCCCGAUCCUCGUUGCGUUCGGCUUCGUUCACAUCCGUUCAAUCAUCUCCACUCGUUGCAAGCACCAGCAGCAAGUUCUUCAGGAAACAGGCUCGAGCUUGCUUCUCUACCCACUCUCGCAACACCCGCAACCACUCCGCAUCCUCGUCUCGCAUCUUCCGAGCUACAGGCCCCUUCGCAGCGCUCUCUGCCGUCUCGAUUCGCCACUCUUCCUCCAACGCAGCUUCAAGCACCUCUGACAACAUGACGGAACACGUAAACGGCAACGGUGCCUCCUCGUCUUCGGGCAGCAAGGUCCACAAGGUCGUCAUCAUCGGCUCCGGUCCCGCCGGUCACACUGCUGCCAUCUACUUGGCACGAGCCAACCUCGAGCCCGUUCUGUUCGAGGGCAUGCUUGCCAACGGUCUCGCACCCGGCGGACAGCUCACCACCACCACCGACGUCGAGAACUUCCCCGGUUUCCCAGACGGCAUUCGCGGUCCCGAGAUCAUGGACAAGUUCCGUGCGCAAUCCGUCCGAUUCGGCACCGAGAUCCACACCGAGACCAUCUCCAAGGUGGACCUCUCGUCGCGACCCUUCAAGUUCUGGCGCGAAUACGCCGAGGACCAGGCUCCCGAACUCACUGAGACGCUCAUCAUCGCCACCGGUGCCAGUGCAAAGCGCAUGCACCUCCCUGGCGAGGACACUUACUGGCAGAGCGGUAUCUCGGCGUGUGCCGUCUGCGACGGUGCGGUGCCCAUCUUCCGCAACAAGCCCCUUGUGGUGGUAGGUGGCGGUGACAGUGCGGCCGAGGAGGCCAUGUACCUCACCAAGUACGCUUCGCACGUCAACGUGCUCGUACGUCGAGACGAGCUCCGAGCGUCCAAGAUCAUGGCCAAGCGAUUGUUGGCGCACCCCAAGGUGACGGUGCACUUCAACACCAUCCCCACCGAGGCGAAAGGUGACGGCGAGCUGCUCAAGGCGGUGCGAGUCAAGGACGCCAAGACGGGCGAGGAGCGCGACAUGGACGCCAACGGUCUCUUCUACGCCAUUGGCCACUUGCCCGCCACCUCGCUCGUCAAGGGCCAGGUCGAUUGCGACAACGACGGAUACAUUCUCACCACGCCAGGCACCGCUCAGACCUCGGUCAAGGGUGUCUUUGCCGCUGGUGACGUUGCCGACAAGAAGUACAGGCAGGCGAUCACCAGUGCAGGUACCGGAUGCAUUGCUGCGCUCGAGGCGGAGCGCUUGCUGGCCGAGGAGGAGGUGCUCGACCCCGUCGAUGCUGCUGCGGCUAACCACUACACCGGUACGGACAAGGAGUAG